AUGGCGGAUGUGGGAGAACAGUCUGGAAAAUCAUUCACAAUUAUCGUGAAAACACCCAAAGAAAAGCAGGAUGUGUCCGUUUCUGCGGAUGCUACGAUAAGAGAGUUCAAGACAAUAAUUUCUGCAAAGUUUGAAGACACACCCAUUGAACAGCUCUGUCUGAUCUUCGCCGGAAAAAUCUUGAAAGAUGACGAAUCUUUAAAGCAGCACGGAAUAAAAGAUGGUCUCACCGUUCACUUGGUUAUCAAAUCAGCCAAUCGGGCGCAAGAACAAGCUGCACAGUCAAGUACAACAACUGGGCCAUCUUUGUCACAACAGCGACCAAACGUUGAUGCGACUCCAUUCGGUCUUGGCAGUUUAGGUGGUCUGCAGGGCUUGCAGGGUCUUGGUCUAGGAUCUCAACAAUUCGGAAACUUGCAGGAAAGGAUGCAGAGAGAGAUGUUGCAGAACCCAGAUAUGGUGCGACAGAUGAUGAGCAACCCUAUUGUUCAGCAGUUAAUGGAAAACCCGGACGUCAUGCGAGAAAUCAUUAUGAGUAACCCACAGAUGAGAGAGCUAACUGAGCGUAAUCCUGAAAUCGGUCACAUGUUGAACAACUCUGACAUGAUGCGACAGAUGAUGGAGAUGGCGCAGAAUCCGUCAAUGAUGGCGGAGCUGAUGAGGAGUCAGGACCGGGCCAUGAGUAACCUCGAGUCGAUUCCUGGCGGCUUCAACGCUCUCCAGAGGAUGUAUCACGAUAUACAAGAGCCAAUGAUGAGCGCUGCCCAGGACAGCAUGGGAGGGAAUCCUUUUGCAUCACUCGUUAAUAAUGGAAGUGGUACAGGAGGAAAUUCGGGGCAGCAAGGUCGUGAGAACACAGAUCCAUUGCCAAAUCCUUGGGCUCCUGGAGGCGGUUCGUCAUCAUCAACAUCUAGUAGUACAGGUACAACUACUACUAAUACCAGUAGCCGUGCUGGUGGGCCACAUGGCAUGUUUAACACGCCGGGAAUGCAGAGUCUCCUUCAGCAGAUGGCCCAGGACCCCCAACUGAUGAACCAGGCGUUCCAGGCUCCGUACAUGCAGCCAAUGCUCCAGUCGCUCAGUAACAACCCAGACCUUGCCCGGCAGGUUAUCGGCAAUAAUCCAAUGUUUGCAAACGAUCCUGCUCUACAGUCUCAACUAACAGAUCAGUUACCGGUUCUUCUACAGCAGAUGCAGAAUCCGGCAAUCCAGCGGACGUUGUCCAACCCAGCCGCCAUCGAGGCCAUCAUGCAGAUUCAGCAAGGCAUGCAGCGCCUCCAGAGUGAAGCACCAGAACUAGUGACCGGGAUGACAGGUAUAUCUGGCCUGACGGUCCCCCCACGAUCAACCCCCUCAACAGGCACUGGCUCUGGCACGACAACCACUCAGUCCACGGGCACGGCAACAACUCAGUCCACGACAUCAACUACAUCUAGUGGAACAGGAACGACGCCAACGUCGUCAUCAACGCCGUCUGGAGCGCCCGAUUCACAAUUCAACACACUGAUGACGUCAAUGUUACAGGCAAUGGCUGGAAACCGAACGGGGGGACCCGGACAAUCACCACAGAGUUCACUACCUCCGGAACAGCAGUUUGCCUCUCAGCUGCAGCAGUUAGAGACAAUGGGAUUCAUAAACACAGAGGAUAAUAUAAGAGCAUUAACGGCGACAUGGGGUGAUGUGAAUGCUGCAAUAGACAGACUUUUACAAAUACAACAACAAAAUCAACAAAGAUUUCCGGGAAAUUCAUGAAGACCAAACGUCAAAGAUUCAAGUUGCGAAAAGAUGUGAAAAUGAAGGCGAUGUCAGUUGUACCAGAAGAAGAGGUUUAAUCAACGGUAUAAUUUCUAUCAAAAUAUAUAUAUAUAGUCGUAAGUGUGUCAAUGUGCACUCUAUUUUAAACUUUCACUAAAUCCGAUCGGAUAACUCAUCUAAUCCAUCUGCUUUAAACGGCCUUUUGUUCAUAAGUAAGUGAAAGGCCAACGCCAUUUGUUCAAAAUUUGAAAUUUAAAAUUGAAUUUGUGAUUGUUUAAUUAUGUAUAUGCACACUGAAUAUAAAUUUCAACAUUGCUGUUUGGAUAUAGAUAUGCUCUAUAUGUCAAUUUUCAUCAUGUUGACACAUCUAGUUCCUGUUCAGCGGCAAUGUUUAUUUUUAUUUACUUGUGAAACUAGUGAAUACAAUUUACACAAACGACGUAGGCCUUUAAAGUGAUUUAAUUUGAGGUGAAAAUGUCAUAUUGCUCCUUUUCUCUUUAUGUUAUUAUAUAUUGUCACCAACUUCAGCAGGCCUGUCAACAAAAUAUUGUAUAUACAUGUACUAUUAGCCAGAAAAUGGUUAAGAAGGAGUUAUGAAAUCAUCGCUGUGAUUGGUUAAUGAAAAUGGCAUUGAGCCGUUAUCAGCCAAUCAGAUAGAACCUUGCAAGGUUUUUUCAUGACUUCUUCGCAUGAAGGACUCAGCGAAAGAUUUUACGCAAAAGUACUACGAUUAGGAUAGUAGAUCCUUUCAUAUAUAUUAUUGACUUAAAGCCGGCAUCAUCUGUCAUAACGAUCAUCGCUUUAGACGGGUUCAGUUUACGAUGUCAUCAUUUACAUGUUACAUUAAUUAGUUGCUUAGAGUUGUCUCGUUAUUCAGCCCAGUUCAUGUAAACUAACUACAUUGUGAACUAGAUAUAUGAUUUGAUUAUCUGUAUCCGACAUUGUUACCUUCUGCAAUUGUGGUGAUUUUUAUGAGGGGGAAACGAAGACGAAUCUCGACUUGUAACAAAGACAAUAAUGAUUUCUGUAGGUGUAUACUCAUGGGCUGCUUACUCUUACACAUUUGGGUGAAAUUUCAUGCGUUUUUAGGCCUGUUUAAACUUUGUUAGGACCAUUUUACACUUUGACUCGAGGAAAAGUGUUUUUAAAUUGUGCUGAAGUCAUCAUAACACUUUUCAUCAAGGUUUUUACACAUUGUUGGACUUAAUGGGAGGCCGUCCUUCUGACAUUGGCCUCCACAGAUUUGCUCGUGAAAUUACAUAGCAAUACAUAUAUCACUGAGGAGUAUCAUAUUCCUCCAAAAUUCACAGUCAUACGCUGUCACGAUGAGUGUAAUAACAGCCAAAGUUUUUAUCAUCGUAUCAUUGUGAUACCUUUGAAAACUAAGCACAUCUCGGACCACUGGGGCGGUUAACAGUUGCAUUUUACUCGCAUUGUUUCUAGUGAGAUAUUCUGGUGAAUCAUAAUAACAAAAUAUGCCAUAUUUUUGUAUCUAAUUCAGGACUGUUGCUGGCUUUUUGGACAUGAGGAGUGGGGCAAAGCACCUCUUGUCCUCCAUCAGUCUGAAAAUCGGCCAAAAUCUGUAUGGAAAACAUAUUUUUUGGUGACCCUUGGGGGCAUUUGCCCCCCCCCCUCCCAGCUCCCUCUAGGUACCACCCUGUUAUAAGUUGGUCCUUCUAAUCGUGCAUGAGAGUUUGUGAAAUUUUGAAUCCUUAUAGGCCUAGAGUUCAGCUAUUGUUGAAGACGUUGCGGCUUUCAUCAGUGUAUUCAUUCCAAUGGCAAAAAUAAACCAUUGAUUAUUAGAA